UUUUACUUCUCUCCGGUCUUGUUACACUCCUUCAAAUUGAUCAUCGAAAUUUGAUUUCACUAACAACAACUUCAAGCCUGUUUUCUUUUUUUAUACUUAAUACUUUUACGAUAUAAUCAUUCAUAUCCUUAAAUAUCUCCAUUUAUUUUCGUUUAAUUUCGGUUUAAUAAUAAACUCGUCACUAUAACAUUUUAUAUUUGCAUAAGUGUUUUUAUAAUACUUGAACUGCGCAUUGCAUUUCACUGUAAUAUUCUAUUUUGUAUGAAAGAUUACGAGUACACAAAAUGGAUCAUCACGUAAUAAACUAUUGUAAUUUCAUUUAUUAUGAAAUGUGUGUGUGACUGGUGCAAGAAUGCAUAAAUUUAAUUAUUUCAUUAUAAAAGGAUUAAAUUUCAUUGUUAUCCUAUAGCUGCAAUGCAUUUUUCACAAUAAUUGAAUAUUUCAGUAUUUUAUAAAUUGAAUACUUGACAGCAUGGAACAAUACGAAAAUUUUAAGAAAGAAUUCGGGACAUUUUGCGAAAAGAUAAAAAAUGAUUUGAUUAGAAUAGAAGAAGAAAUAAGAAAAUUCUCUGAAGAGCUAGACGAUUAUAAAAUUCAAAUUCUUAAAAUACAACCACGAUCCUUGUUAUCACCUCCCAAAGAACAGAUACAGAGUGAUGGGAUUCACGAAAUGGAUUCAAAUUUGGAAGGGGAAUUUGAGGAUGAUAAUUUCAAAAUACGCAUCGAUGUCAGCGAAUUCUCCGAAGAAGAUGUUUUUGUUUUAGUCGAAAAUAACAAACUCAUAAUAAAUGCCAAACAAAAGAAUGGUAAUAGUGAAUUGAAUUUCGAACUCCAACUUCUCCAUGGAUUUAAAAUCAGAGAACGUAAAACAUUCCGUUAUAGAUGGGAUAUUAUCAGUAGAAGGAAAAUUAUAGAAUAUAGAGGAAAGACUGCAUUUGAUAAAAUUAAAUAAAAAUUACAUAUAAUAAAUUGUUAUCCUUAUUACUUUGCAAGAAGUUUUGGGAUUUGAAAAUAUUUAAAAUCAUUAUAUGUCUUAUAUUCAGGGGCGCCGCUAGCUGUUUGAACGCCCGUGUGCAAUACCGAUUAUGACGCACCCUGUCUAACUACGACUACCUACGCUGAGCGUGCCAGAAAGGUUCUUUAGUGUUGUCUCAUAAGGGUGUGAAAAAAGAAAAUAAAUACUUUACAAAGAAAAACUAUU